UUUAGUGCAACUUCAGGGGACAUGUUGUUCAUCUUUCACACAGAGGUCUUUGAAAACAGCCAGACAACAUAAUUUAAAAUAAAAUGAUGGAUGGCUAUAACAAGAUUCAGACCAUGACAGAAGAGGCAUUUGAUGUGGUGGUGGUGGGCUCCUGUAUGACUGACUUGGUCAGCCAGGCACCGAGGCUACCGAAAGCGGGAGAGACCAUCCACGGUCACAAGUUCUUCAUUGGCUUUGGAGGCAAAGGGGCGAACCAGUGCAUCCAGGCAGCUAGAAUGGGAGCCAAGACGGCCAUGGUCUGUAAGGUUGGCAAAGACUUCUUUGGAGAAAACUACAUCCAGAAUUUCAAGGACAACGGCGUGUCCACAGAGUUCGUGGGGCAGACAGCUGAUGCUGCCACUGGAGCUGCCUCCAUCGUUGUCAACGACGCAGGGGAGAAUGCUAUUGUGAUCGUGGCCGGCGCCAACUUGCUGCUGGGUGGCGAGGAUCUGCAGCAGGCACUGCCUGCCCUGAGCCAUGCAAAAGUGCUGGUGUCCCAGCUGGAGGUUAGCCCGGAUACCUCCCUGCAGGCUCUACGUCUGGCCCAGGAGAACAACGUGAAGACCAUUUUCAACCCAGCACCAGCCAUUCCAGACCUGGAUCCUGAUUUCUACAGAGCCUCAGUUGUGUUUUGCUGUAACGAAUCAGAGGCAGAGCUGCUAACGGGGGUGGCCGUGGCGACUGUAGAGGAUGCUGGCCACGCUGGACAGGAGUUGCUGAGGCGAGGCUGCAGAUCGGUCAUCAUCACCCUGGGCUCCCAGGGCUGCGUGGUGCUGUCGGGACAGGAGCCCUCAACCGGGUUGCACCACGUGCCCGCUAAACCUGUGACAGCUGUGGAUACCACGGGAGCCGGAGACAGCUUCAUUGGUGCUCUGGCAUUCUACAUGGCUACCUUUCCCACAAUGCCACUACAAGAGAUGGUCAGUAGGGCUAAUCAGGUGGCAGGAGUGAGUGUACAAAAAAUUGGGACACAGGCAUCUUAUCCCUACAAAAAAGACUUACCCAACAACCUUUUCUCAAGACAGCAACUUGCCAACUAAAUGGACACUGUGAUCCUGAACAAUCUAACACACUGUAUUCUUCAACAUUUAAAUUAAAGGAAUUUAGCAGACGGGUGCAUACUUGACUAGCUACUGUAAACAGUUAUGUAAUGAUGUCCAUUGGCUUUUAUUAAUCUGCCAGCAUUUUAUUUACUAUUACACUACAUUAAGGAUAUUAAAAUGU